AGACAUGUUGUCAUUGUUGUUUGCUGGGAAAGGCUGCCCAAGUUCAAGGACAGAGUUGUGAACCCAACCCGAAGAUGGGAUACCAGUGUGGAAUUGUCUUCAGAACCUGCUGUGUGAAGGGUCAAGAAGGCAUUGAUGUGUCCAUCAGCGAUGAUGCUCCUAAAAAGGAGCAAGUUGAAAUUUCAAAGGAGGAACUAGACCAAGAAGAUCCUUAUCUGCAUGAUGGCUGCAGAGGCGGUGGUCCCUGCUCCCAGCAGUGCAGAGACACAGGAUCCAGUUACGUCUGCUCCUGCUUUGUUGGAUAUCAACUUCAAUCAGAUGGUGUCAACUGUGAAGAUAUUAAUGAAUGCAUCACUGGGACACACAGCUGUGGGAUUGGACAAACUUGCGUCAAUACAUUAGGAUCCUUUCGUUGUCAGCGGGACACGAGCUGUGGAACUGGUUAUGAACUGACAGAUGACAGUCGCUGCAAAGAUAUUGACGAAUGUGAGACUGGUACUCAUAACUGCCCCCCCGAUUUUAUCUGUCAGAAUACUCCUGGAUCUUUCCGUUGCCGACCCAAGCUACAGUGCAUGAAUGGGUUUAUACAAGAUGCGCUAGGCAACUGUAUUGAUAUCAACGAAUGCGUGAGCACCAACAUGCCAUGUCCAGCUGGGCAGAUAUGUAUUAACACUGAUGGCUCGUAUCCCUGCCAGCGAAUCUCACCCAGCUGUGGCCGAGGCUAUCAUCUCAAUGAAGACGGAACAAGAUGCGUAGAUGUGGAUGAGUGCUCAUCCUCUAAUCAGCCUUGUGGAGAAGGACAUGUUUGUAUAAACGCCCCAGGCAAUUACCGUUGUGAGUGCAAAUCUGGCUAUUCUUUUGAUGUCAUCAGUAGAACUUGUAUUGAUAUCAAUGAAUGCAGACGCUAUCCAGGCCGCCUUUGUGCUCACAAGUGUGAGAAUACUCCUGGUUCCUAUUACUGCACAUGUACCAUGGGAUUCAAACUUUCAACUGAUGGCAGGUCAUGUGAAGAUUUAAAUGAGUGUGAGAGCAGCCCCUGUAGUCAAGAGUGUGCCAAUGUGUAUGGCUCGUAUCAGUGUUACUGCCGCCGUGGCUUUCAACUUAGUGACAUAGAUGGGAUUUCGUGUGAAGAUAUUGAUGAAUGUGCUUUACCUACUGGAGGGCAUAUCUGUUCCUUUCGAUGUGUUAAUAUUCCUGGAAGCUUUCAGUGUACUUGUCCCUCCACUGGUUACAGGUUGGCACCCAAUGCACGCAACUGCCAAGAUAUUGAUGAGUGUGUUGCAGAAAGCCACAACUGCUCUUUCAAUGAGACCUGCUUUAACAUCCAGGGAGGCUUUCGCUGUCUGUCUUUGGAAUGUCCAGAAAAUUACCGCAAGUCAGGAGACACGUAAGUGCUUUCUUUUUCAAG